CAUUCACUCACCAGCCGGGUGGGUACAUAUUCAUCAACAGGCAGCCCUAUCACCAUACCCAGCCAUGCCCUUCUCCUCACUGCCGAACGAGCUAGUUUUGGAAACCGCGAAGUACCUCGAUACCAAGUCGCUGAGCAGACUCUCUAGUGCAAGCUCGCGGUACCGAAGCCUACUGGAAGACGACCUGCUGAAGCGCGCGAGCCCGAAGGACUUGAAGACAGCUAUCUCUCAAUCUAAUAUGGAACUCGUCCGAUACUUCCUAGACCAAAACAUCACGGGAAUCGAUCCAUCGACUGGCACCUAGGACAUCUUCCGAGCUUUCAUUAAAAAUUAG